UCACAUUUACUUUUGUUUUGAUUGUUUUGGUUUCAGAAGAUUUUACAAUUUGAUUAAUUGUUGUUUACUGAUUAAUAUUUAAUCGUUUUGUUUGGAAUUUUCACCAUGUCUAAAUCUAUUGUCAAAAGAGCUUUACAAUUAACCGAUUCUGAUGAUGAAUCUCAGCCAAAAUCAACAGCUAAGAAAUCAACUCUAGAGGAAUAUAGGAAGAAACAAAGUAAAAAGGUUGAUGAAAAUGCGGUUAAACAAUUGGAGAAAUUGAGAUCGAUUAAGGUUGACCGUUCGUUAACCGAUAAAAUAUUGAAAAAGAGAAAAGAAUUACAUGGGAAAAAAGAUCCUGAGAAAAAACCACAACCAGAGAAAUCGUUUUUCACCGAAGAUGAUUUUAAACGUUACAUCAGGAGUAUCUUUUAAUUUGGAUAAAAUGGUUAUCAAUCUAAUUGAAGCAAAAUUCUAGUGUUAAUUAAAUGACUGAUCUAGAUUGUGUUUACCUUGCCACAGAAAAUCAGUUGGGACAUUCAAUAGACUAUUGAACUUCAA